CCCGAGCCCCUUGGCCGCUCACCACACCGACCAUCGGUAGUUAGACAGCCUCAUUCUUUCGGACUUGUAGCAGCGUGCCCUUGCCUUCUCCCUCCCAUUACUACUCAUAGAAUCUGUCUCGAUCGUUUGCCGCGCUCGCCCGUCCUGUCGAGCCCGUGGUUUCGAUAAGCCCGCCCCGCAUACUUUCAGUGGACACCUAAUUGUUCGCCUCUUCUUCCCACCGCCGCAACUCCUCCCCGAUCCUGCCACUUGUCGACAACAUGGCCCAACUCGACACGCUCGACAUUGUCGUCUUGGCAGCUCUCCUCGUAGGCACCGUCGCUUACUUCACAAAGGGCACCUACUGGGCCGUCGCCAAAGACCCCUAUGCUGGCUCUCUUGCGAAUGGCGCCGCCGCAAAGGCUGGCAAGACAAGGGACAUUAUUGAAAAGAUGGAAGAGUCAAGCAAGAACUGUGUCAUCUUCUAUGGCUCGCAGACCGGUACUGCCGAGGACUAUGCUUCGCGUUUGGCAAAGGAGGGCUCUUCUCGUUUUGGCCUGAAGACCAUGACGGCCGAUCUUGAGGAAUACGAUUUUGAGAAUCUCGAUUCCUUCCCCGAGGACAAGGUUGCCAUGUUCGUCCUGGCUACCUAUGGCGAGGGCGAGCCCACCGACAACGCCGUCGAGUUCUACGAGUUCAUCAGCAGUGAGGACAUUUCCUUCAACCAGGGAGGCGGUAUUUCCGAGAAGCCUCUGGCAAACCUCAAGUACGUCGCCUUCGGCCUCGGCAACAACACAUACGAGCACUACAACUCCAUGGUCCGCAACGUCACCAAAUCUCUCGACAGACUUGGUGCCACUAGAAUCGGCGCUGCCGGUGAAGGUGAUGAUGGUGCCGGCACCAUGGAAGAGGAUUUCCUGGCCUGGAAGGAGCCAAUGUGGAAGGAUCUUGCCGAUGCCAUGGGUCUACAGGAACGUGAGGCUGUUUACGAGCCCGUACUUGAAGUCAGCGAGAAGCCAGAUAUGGACGCCGAGUCAGACGAUGUCUAUCUAGGAGAGCCCAACAAGAACCACCUGGAGGGCAAGCAAAAGGGACCUUUCAAUGCUCACAACCCAUACAUUGCGCCCAUUGUCGAGUCCAAGGAACUUUUCACCGUCAAGGACAGAAACUGUCUGCACAUGGAAAUCGACAUCAGCGGCUCAAACUUGUCCUACACCACUGGCGACCACAUUGCCGUUUGGCCUACUAACGCUGGCAAGGAGGUCGAUCGUUUCAUGAACAUACUCGGUCUCGGCGACAAACGCCACAUGGUCAUUACCGUCAAGGGUCUGGAUGCCACGGCCAAGAUUCCUUUCCCGUCACCCACCACUUACGACGCUGUUGUCCGCUACCACAUGGAAAUCUGCGCGCCCGUUUCAAGACAAUUUGUUUCGGCUCUUGCCCCUUUCUCUCCCAACGACAGCAUCAAGGCUGAGAUGACCAAGAUGGGCAGUGAUAGAGAAUACUUCCACGACCAAGUCGCUGCUCGCAACUACAAUCUCGCUCAGCUUCUCGAGUUCUUGUCCCAAGGUCAGACAUGGGAUCAGGUGCCCUUCUCCAUCUUCAUCGAAGGUCUCCACAAGAUCCAGCCCCGCUACUACUCCAUCUCGUCGUCUUCUUUGGUGCAGAAGAACAAGAUCUCAAUCACCGCCGUCGUUGAGUCUGUAGAGACUCCAGGAGCUUCGAAUGUGCUCAAGGGCGUCACUACCAAUUAUUUGUUGGCUCUCAAGCAGAAGCAACACGGUGAUCCUACUCCCGAUCCUCACGGAUUGAACUAUGCAAUUACCGGUCCUAGAAACAAGUACGACGGUAUUCACGUGCCUGUACACGUCCGCCACUCCAAUUUCAAACUUCCAUCGGAUCCCUCAAAGCCAAUUAUCAUGGUUGGUCCGGGUACUGGUGUUGCUCCAUUCCGUGGUUUCGUUCAAGAGCGUGCCAAGCAAGCACGCGACGGAGAGACUGUAGGCAAAACCAUGCUCUUUUUUGGCUGCCGGAAGAAGGCAGAAGACUUCAUCUAUGCAGACGAGUGGGAUGCGUACAAGAAUGAUAUGGGCGACAGUUUCGAGAUGUUGACCGCCUUCUCUCGUGAUGGUGCUCAGAAAGUCUAUGUGCAGCAUCUGCUCAAGCAACGCGCCGCGGAGAUCGACAGGCUCUUGCAGCAGAAAGCCUACUUUUAUGUAUGUGGUGACGCAGCGAAUAUGGCUCGUGAGGUAAACACUGUUUUGGCCCAAAUCAUCGCUGAACAAAGAGGAAUUCCGGAGUCCAAGGCAGAGGAUAUCGUCAAGGCCAUGCGCAACAGCAACGCCUACCAAGAAGAUGUUUGGUCAUGAUGCGAAACUUAGACGUGUUUAUUGGAUUUGUUGAUUUUCAUGCGUCAUGUUUGCAUUGUCAAGCGAUGGUCGGUUUGAAUAAGUUGAUAAAAUAUACCCCUGUGUCAUAUAAUCUUGGUCCUCAACAGAAUAAU